AUGCAAACAUUAUUCAGAUCGACGUUUUUCAAGAUAUCUGAUGUAUACUUGCGCGACAAAACCUUUCAUUAUAUCUUCUCUCCUCGUUUAAAGAUACAUAGGUCUGCAACUUUACACUCAACGCCUUCAAUCAAAAAUCAAAAACCGCGACAGUUAGACGAAAACUUUCAGUUACCUCCUAAAUCUGAUACUAUUGUACCCACUCCAACAGAGGCUGCCUUUCGUAAUAUGUUUGAUGAUUCUUUAAUACGUUCGUGGACCAUGAUUAGUAAAGUAACAAAAUACGGGUUUAUUACUUCAAACGAGUUAAAAGUAAAAGGGCCUGUAAUCUUAAUCAACGGAUCAUUAUUUUUAUGGAAUGUUCCUCAAGGUAGUUUUGAACAAGACAAAAAUAGGAUAGACGAUUUAUUUGAUGGAUGGAAUAAAGAUUUUUUGAAAGUUUUUGAAAUUAUCACUCCAAAACCUG